GUCCAACCUACGUGAGGUACCAAGGUUGUUAUGAACACAAAAUCGACCGUCUAUUACACACAUCAUCAACGACUGACCUUAGCGGUGGUUUGGUUAUACAGGAAACCCAGCGGCUGUCGCUAGUGUUUCAGGCGUUUGCCACUUCUAGGCUCGGACUCUGGCUAGAACUAGCUACACUUACUCGAAUCCUCCGUCUGAACUUCAGAUUUCAAAUUCUGAGAUUUGGAGGUCCUGCAGUGAGCCCUUGAAUCGCAGCCCAGGGCCCAGGCGGCUAGCCAGUGCUGUACGAGGAGCACUCCCGCAAAAUGACGGCUGAUAGCCAUACUUUGGAGUCGGCAGCCAUGAGAUUCGAGCUUCUCCAAACUGCCCUGAGAGACGGUGCGGCAGCGCGGUUGGGCCGCCUGGCUUUUACAGGCCGCCGUGCCAUCGACACGCCCAACUUCAUCGGCGUCACCUCGCGCGGCGCCCUGCCGCACCUCACGCCCGACAAUGUGGUCAGACACUUGCAGACCUCGGGCGCUUUCAUGGCCCUGGAGGAUUUCAUUGAACGCCCGCAGCAGUACUCGAAGCGGGUGCCCCCUAUUUUCCAGACCCCAGCCAACACAAAACAUAGUAGCCGCCUCCAUGCCUUCACCGCCAUGCCCCAGUCCGUCACCACCGUCCUGAGCGCCCGCCGCCAUCCCGCCGUGCAGUCGCCUAUAGGCAACACCAACAACUCCGUCUCCAUCUUCACGUCGACCGGCUUUCAGGUCCUCACCACUAAGGAGUACCUCUCGGCCGUGCAGUGCCUCAGCCCGGACAUUGCGAUCCCCCCCUCAGACCUCACUUACGGCCCCCUCGCGCCCAACUCCAAGCGGGCCCUGCGCAUGGCCGAGCGCACCGACGAGUGGGUGGUCGAGUGGUUCGACGAGCUGCCCCCCGACAGCAGGAUAUCCACCUUCGCUCCAGUGCUGCCCGUCCCCUACUCCAUCCAGUGGGAGUACCUGUCCCGCCUCGCCGAGGACUACCUCCCCUCGUCGCGGCUCUCCGGGCUCGCCGUCUACGACCCGGACCUGCUCCCCGAUCUCGCCGACUACUGCGCCCCGCUCCUCCCCUUACCACGCCUCUCCCUCUCCAACCCGCCUACGCCGCACCACAUCCUGCGCCAAAUCGCCCUCGGCAUCGACCUCUUCGCACUGCCCUUCAUCAACACCCUCUCGGACGCCGGCCUCGCCCUCGACUUCACUUUCCCCCCUCCACCACCACCGCCUCCCUCCUCCACCACCUCAUCCCCCACUACCACAACCACCACCACCACCACCACUACCCCGCGCCCCCUGGCGAUAGACCUCGCCGACCCCUCCAACGCCACCUCCCUCGCCCCGCUCUCCCCGUCUUGCUCCUGCUACGCCUGCACCUCCCACCACCGCGCCUACGUCCACCACCUGCUUUCCGCGCGCGAGAUGCUGGGCUGGACGCUGCUGCAGAUCCACAACCACGCCGUCGUGGCCGCCUUCUUCGCCGGCGUGCGCGCCACGCUCGCCGGCACGGACAGUGCCAACGCCGCUCCCGCCAAUAACGCCACCACCACCACCACAGCUGCUGGGUCGUCUCCGGGUCCGGGGGAGUCUGUUGGUGCAGCGGGAGCGGGUGUGAUAUCCGAUGCCGCCGCGGGGUCCGAAACGACAUCGUCAUCACUGUCGUCGCCAUCGACGACAACGACGACGUUCGAGCAGGCCGUGCGGCAGUUCGCGCUGGCGUACGAGGCCGAGUUCCCCGAGGGCGUGGCCCAGCGGCCGCGCGCGCGGGGGUACCAUUACAAGAGCGUCGGCGGCGGGGAGGGGCGGCGGAAUAAGCCGGCUUGGAGCAAGUUAAAUGACGGCGGGGUUGGUGAUGGGGGCGCGGAGACGCCGGUGGAUGGGGGCGCGGAGACGCCUGUGGAUGGGGGCGCGGAGACGCCUGUGGAUGGGGAGGGGGUGUAGGGAGGGAAUGUCGGAGGGAUGAGAUGAUAGAAUAUACCAAGGUAGUUGUUGAUAAUGCAAGGAGUCGGAGCAAAAUUUAGAUGGCUCCUGCCUGGUGUCAAGAGAGGCGCUCAUCGCUGAUGACACUGACUGUAGAAACAGACAGCUGCAC